GUCAUCUACUGUACUGUGUCCACAGUCUCUGGUCAUCUCCUGUACUGUGUCCGCAGUCUCUGGUCAUCUCCUGUACUGUGUCCGCAGUCUCUGGUCAUCUCCUGUACUGUGUCCACAGUCUCUGGUCAUCUCCUGUACUGUGUCCGCAGUCUCUGGUCAUCUCCUGUACUAUGUCCGCAGUCUCUGGUCAUCUCCUGUACUAUGUCCGCAGUCUCUGGUCAUCUCCUGUACUGUGUCCGCAGUCUCUGGUCAUCUCCUGUACUGUGUCCGCAGUCUCUGGUCAUCUCCUGUACUGUGUCCGCAGUCUCUGGUCAUCUCCUGUACUGUGUCCGCAGUCUCUGGUCAUCUCCUGUACUGUGUCUGCAGUCUCUGGUCAUCUCCUGUACUGUGUCUGCAGUCUCUGGUCAUCUCCUGUACUGUGUCCGCAGUCUCUGGUCAUCUCCUGUACUGUGUCCGCAGUCUCUGGUCAUCUCCUGUACUAUGUCUGCAGUCCAUUGUUUCAGAAUAUUUUUUACUUGUUUUCCUCCUCUAAAAUCUAGGUGCGUCUUAUGGUCAGGUGCAUCUUAUGGAGUGAAAAAUACGGUAUAUUUAAUGUGAUUUGAAAAGUAGUUCAGCCAUGCUGAACUCUUAUUGUCUUUUAUAUGUCUUGCAUUUUAUGUAGAAUUGUCUGUGUUUAACUAUUCUGAUAAGUCAGCAUGUCCACGAUUAAG